ACCACACCAUCACCACCCAUGGUCACCACCACCUCCCAUGGUCACCACCAGAGCUGUCAUCCGGGUGUCCGUCGCUCGGCGCAGACUCACACCGCGCCGCAGCUCUACUGUUUCCGUAGCCAGUGUGUGCUACCAGCAGCUGAGCCCUCAGCCCAGGGAAACAGCUCACUCACGGAAACCGACCAUCCCGACCGAAUCAUGUCACAGAUGCCCCCGUCCAUGGUGGAUUAACGCCCGCAAUCGGAAGAGAACCGCUCGCUGAUCCAUGUCCACGCGCGGCGCUCCGCCGUGCCUCGCAGGGAGCUCGUCGGCGACACCCUCCAUAACAUGGGAGAUUAAAAAGAGAUAUUAAGUGUGCGUCUUGGGCUAGUACGCUAGCAAGCUACCCCCUCCUCCCCCCCCCCUCCCCUUAGUUGAUCUGUCACCCACACCCUCACCCUCCGUUCUCAAUUUCAACGGCGGAAAAUGAAGAAGUUUAACAUCAGGAAGGUGCUGGACGGCUUGACGGCGUCUUCUUCCUCGUCCGCCCCGGCGGCACCGGGGAGCCGAGACAGCGAGCUGGUCCAAGAGAGUCUUCAGUCGGAGCAUUUCCAGCUUUGCAAGACUGUGCGUCAUGGCUUUCCACAUCAACCAUCCUCCAUGACCUUUGACCCUGUGCAGAAGAUCCUGGCCGUGGGGACGCUGGGUGGAGCAUUGAGACUGUUUGGCCGUUCUGGCGUGGAGUGCUACUGCCAGCACGAGAGUGGAGCCGCCGUCAUCCAGCUGCAGUUCCUCAUCAAUGAGGGGGCGCUGGUGAGUGCCUUAGCCGACGACAGCAUUCACCUGUGGAACCUGAGGCAGAAGCAGCCUGCUAUUCUGCAUUCCCUAAAGUUCAACAAGGAGAGGAUCACGUACUGCCACCUGCCCUUCCAGAGUAAGUGGCUGUACAUCGGGACGGAGCGGGGGAACAUCCACAUCGUCAACGUGGAGUCCUUCACCCUCUCGGGCUACGUCAUCAUGUGGAACAAAGCCAUUGAGCUAUCCACCAAGUCCCACCCUGGCCCUGUAGUCCACAUCAGUGACAAUCCAAUGGACGAAGGCAAGCUUCUGAUUGGUUUUGAAUGUGGGAUAGUGGUGCUGUGGGACCUCAAGUGUAAAAAGGCUGACUACCGCUACAGUUACGAUGAGGCCAUCCACUCGGUGGCCUGGCACCACGAGGGGAAGCAGUUUGUGUGCAGCCACUCUGACGGCACCCUGACCACUUGGAAUGUACGAGUCACCGCCAAGCCUAUCCAGACCAUCACACCACAUGGCAAGCAGCCCAAAGACGGGAAGAAACCAGAACCCUGCAAGCCCAUCCUGAAAGUGGAGUACAAGACCACACGGGCCGGGGACGCCUUCAUGGUGCUGUCGGGGGGGCUGUCCUACGACACGGUGGGGCGCAGGGCCUGCCUCACCGUGAUGCACGGCAAGAGCACCGCUGUGCUGGAGAUGGACUACCCCAUCGUAGAGUUCCUCACGCUAUGUGAAACUCCAUACUCCAACGACGUCCAGGAGCCGUAUGCUGUGGUGGUCCUGCUCGAGAAGGAUUUAGUGGUGAUCGACCUCGGACAAAUUGGCUACCCCAUAUUCGAGUCUCCGUACCCCCUGAGCAUCCACGAGUCGCCGGUGACCUGCUGUGAAUACUUUGCCGACUGCCCCGCCGAGCUGAUCGCAGCGCUGUACUCGGUGGGCUCCAGGCAGAAGAGACAGGGUUACAGCAAGAAGGAAUGGCCCAUUAGUGGUGGAAACUGGGGCCAGGGGACCCAGAGCUACCCGGAGAUAGUCAUCACUGGACAUGCCGAUGGCUCCCUUAAGUUCUGGGACGCCUCUGCUUUAAUGUUCCAAAUGCUGUACAAGCUGAAAACUGCCAAAGUGUUCGAGAGGCCCCGAAGCAAGGAAGACAAGCCAAGCACAGAGCUGGUGGAGGAGGAUCCCUUUGCCAUCCAGACCCUUUCCUGGUGCCCUGAGAGCAGGAUACUGUGCGUGGCCGGAGUCUCUGCCCACGUCCUCGUCUAUAGGUUCAGCAAGCAGGAGGUCACCACAGAAGAAGUGCAGAUGCUGGAGGUGCGCAUGCAGAGUGAUCUGAGUGAUGUGGAGUCCCCGGAGCCAGCGGGGGAUCAGACCCCCACACUGCCCACCCCGGGGGCCGCCUCCUCCAGCCCCCAGGAGGGAGAGCCCCCCCUGCAGGCCGCCACAGGCAGCACCCCAUCGGACCCUCCCCGCGGCAACGUGCCAUGUCUCCAGGUGCGUGGCUCUCCUCUGAAGCAGUCUCCGGGCUACCAGUUGGACCUGGUGGUCCAGCUGGUGGGGGUGAGCGGCGAGCCCCCCCAGCAGAUCACCAGCCUGGCCCACAACUCCUCCUACGGCCUUGUGGUUUUGGGUAACAGUGGUGGUCUGGCCGUUGUGGAUUACCUCCAGCGCACGGUGCUCCUCAACAUGGGCACGUCGGAGCUCUACACCCCCUCGGACCCCUACCAGAGGCAGCCGCGCUCCCCCCGCAAGACCCGCCACCCCUCUGGAGCGUUGUGCGACGGUAACGACGGCCCCACAGCCUCAGAAGACCGCUGCAAAUCGCCCACUUCAGGAUCUGCCUCUCCCUGCAAUUCAGACGAAGAGCCAAAGCAACAAAGGUUCCUUGCUCUGGUGAAGACAAAGAGCAGGCGCUUCUCCAAGACGGUGUCCAGUGACUUUGCCAAGAUCUCAAGGAAAAUAAAUUCCUCCACUGAGCAAAAGCCAGACACUGAGGUGUCGCGGCGGUCUUGGUGCAGGCGUUCUCUCCCCUCUAGGAAGCAUUGCAUGAGUCUGAGGAGAGGCCCGGACGUGGCGCGGCUCACCCUGGACGUGCGCAGAACGCACUCAGAACAGGACCUCAACGCCAAGGACAGCUCCUUCAGCCGCUCCCGCAGCUCCAGCGUCACCAGCAUCGAGCGCGAGUCCCGUGAGGUCAUCUCCUCCUUCCACUUCUGCGAGACGUUCCCCCGCAAGGUGACGGAGGGUGGGCCGGGCCCCUGCCUGAUGGUGGGCACCAGCCAGGGCGCGGUGCUGCUGCUGGACCUCAGCCUGCCCCCCGUGGCCGACCAGCGUCUCUCCCAGCCCGUGGGCGUGUCCAGCUGCGGCACCCUGGUGCGACUGAAGGGUGGGGUGAUGACCAUGGCUCUCCUGGACGCCGCUGGUGCACUGCUGCCCCCUGCCUAUGAGCCGUGGUACGACCCCAACGCCUCGGACGAGGACAAGGAGAAGGAGCGGAGCAGGAGGCGCGGGCCGACGUCCCCGGCCGCCUCCCAGGAGGGCGGCGUGGCGGACGGGCAGUACGCGGUGGUGUGCCUGGAGAAGCAGGCCACGGUGGUGGCCAUGCCCUCCCAGACGGCCGUCUUCAAACACAACAUCACCGAGAGCUCCUUCGUGCUGCGGGCCGACGUGGUGCAGAUGGCCGCCAGCAACUGCAUCGCCUGCUUCUGCGCCAACGGGCACAUCAUGACCCUGAGUUUGCCCAGCCUGCGCCCCCUGCUGGACGUCAACUACCUGCCUCUCACCGACAUGCGGAUAGCACGGACGUUUGCCUUCUCCAACCUGGGCCAGGCGCUGUACCUGACCUCCCCCGCGGAGGUGCAGAGGAUCACCUACAGCCAGGAGACCUGUGACAACCUCCAGGAGAUGCUGUGUGAGCUGUUCACCCCUGUGGAGACACCAGAAGCUCCGAACCGAGGCUUCUUCAAGGGCCUGUUUGGGGGAGGGGCUCAGUCCCUGGACCGGGAAGAUCUCUUCGGAGAGACCGCUGCGGGGAAGGCCUCCCGCAGUCUGGCCCAGCACAUCCCGGGUCCCGGGGGCAUGGAGGGCAUGAAGGGGGCUGCGUCGGGGGUGGUGGGGGACCUGGCCCGCGCCCGCAUCGCCCUGGACGAGAGGGGACAGAAGCUGGGCGAGCUGGAGGAGCGCACGGCGGCCAUGAUGGCCAGCGCCGACUCCUUCUCCAAACACGCUCACGACAUGAUGUUGAAGUACAAAGACAAGAAGUGGUACCAGCUCUGAUGUCGGCACGGCUGAGAACUUCAGACUCUGUAGCAACACACUCCAGUCUUCUCUGGGGGGAGGCCAUAAUGUCCCUGCCUUUCCCUUUUACCUCCCCAAGGGCCCCCAGAGGUGUUGGUAUAAUUUUUUUUUUUGGCACACCAUCAUUAAUUGGGAUCACGUUACUUUGUUCAACCGAGGAAAACUAAGAGGAGUGUCAGACACCUGCGGAAGGGUAGAGAAGCGAGAGGGAGCGAAGAGGAAUACUUUUUGCGCGUUUUUCAGGAUGGUGGAUUGUGGAUUCUGACACUCUGGGGAGCAGAGAGCUAGAGAGCCAGUCACAUCCAUGAGUAACGCACUCGUUUAGAGGAAUACACAUUAAUAUAUGAUAUACUGCUGUUUUAUUAAAACGGAAGGAAGACUGUUUGUGGUGGCCUGAUUGAUGUUGUUUUGUUUGUUUAUUUUAUCGUUAUUGCAUUUUAUGGUGUCAAUGGAAGAUAUUUUGAGGAAUAAGUCUGAUACGCCCCUCUAUGAAUCUAUUCAAUUUAGCACUCCCUUUCGUCUUCUUAACCUAAGCAAUGAGUGGAUGGAUGAAGAAUAGUUUUACUUAGCUUUUUCACUUUUUUUUCUUCAUUUUUUUGUUCUCUUUGAAAAUUAUGAAUAUUUAUGUAUGAUUAUUAUUUUUUAUAUGGUUCUCUAAGUUAGGUUAACACUUAGAAGAACAGAGAGAAAGGGAAUGAUUAUUAUUAUUUUUUUUAUAUUCUGUAACAAAAGUUUUGCUUUUGAAUGCAAAUGCUGUGACAUAAAUAACUCCCUGAACAUAACUCAAGUCUUUCAACAAAAUAUUCGAAAUAUAAAAUUACCACUAUGUAACAGAAAUGGUUUGAAUACUUUUUAAGACAAAACUGCUUCAGGGAUCAGGAUCACAUUUCCUUCAAGAACUAGAACAACAACUACAAAUACAUAAAAUCUGAAGAUAAAAUAUAAAAUAAAAGUCCAUGGUGGUAACUCCGAACGUAUAUCAAUACAACUAUAGCAGCUUGGCCCAUGCGUAACCAAAGGCAGAUUGUGAACAGUGCAUCUGCUCCUCUCUCCUCAUUCCUCCACGUCUGAGAACUGGCCCUCCUCAAGGGGUACGGAGCAGCACUCCGACCCAACAGGGUGGUCAUCGCCUCUUAUCCAAUAGGGAACGAGCAGCCAUGACCUCACCGUCCCUCUUUACCCAAUUAGAACUGGUCAUUCCUUAUCACAGACAGUUUUUGCUUACACAAUCAUUUCCGAUUAACUUGAUUAAGGUAUGACGAUCCCAAUAAGGCGUGAUAUCUGAAUGAAUUCAAUUUUUAUGGCUUUAUUUCAAAUUAGUUUUUUAUUGGAACAUGACUGUGGUCCAUAGAAAUGAAGUGAGUUUGGGCAUUAAAUCAAAAAGAAAAUGUUUUUCUUCUUCAACUUAAGUGCACAUGUGGGGAGAUAUCAACCCUCGGGUUUGAAAGAGUUUAUACUGAUUUAAAAUGAGUCGAUACACUGUUAAAAAGAACAAAAGGGCAGUUGCCUGCUGUGAGGAUACCAAUAUCCUGCCAUUAUUUAUCCUGAACGAUAUCCGAUUAUGCAAAUUGUAUAUUUUGAUUUUGAUUCUAUACAUUUUUUGCCAGAAUUAUUCUUAAAAUCUUAAAAUAUGUUUAUUUUUUUGGACAUUUUAUUUACUUACAAUAGUAACUUUAUUAUAAUCUCAGUUAUUUUCACAAUUUAUUUGUGUGUGGGGGAAAAAAACAAAGCAUGUGACUCUUACCGCACAAUGCAAACGGUAACUGUCUUUGUAUCCAUGGCGACCAUGAGAAAUUAUUUUUUUUAAAGAGCCACCAAGUCUGCCGCAUCGUCCACCAGUCUCUAAACCAUUUUAAUGUAUAACAGUUCUCCUUUACCUUUGCCUACCAUGACGCAAAGCAUAUAUACUAGCCUCUAACGAUGUGUGUAUCUGUAUUUGUGAACAUGCAUAUAUUCAGGAAUAUGUGUAUGGACGCCAAUAUUUAUAAUAUUACAUAGACAAUGUAUUACAAUCGAUUUUUAUUUUAUUUUUAGCUUGACAGUGUUUUUAUUUAUGUGGGAUUUGCUAGACUUCUGUGGUCUAGCAUACUUUUUAGUUUAGUCUGUUUCCGGGAUAUGCUGCCACAUUGUGUUAAUUUCAGGAGCGGUGUCUGGUAGUCUUGUCAUUUUAUUUUAUUUUGACAAAGGCAACAGGAUUUUGUGUCAUCCCAUAUAUUGCUUUCAAAUGCAGCGAGCUAAGAGCCAAGCAAAUAUUCUACUUGUGUGAGCAAACUCACGCAAACCGCAAAUCUUUUCCUGCGAGAGUGAAUAAGAAUCAAGCAAAAUUCGCACCAAAAAAUAUUUGUCAAGAGUAGAAUUCGAGCGUCCUGCAUCCUUCGCGCCAUGUCUUCGCUUUUGGUGUGAAUGCACAGAAAGAUGUCGGCCAUGUUUUGUUAGGUUCAGACACCAAAGAAUAUUUCAUUCUACAGUUGUCUUUACUUUUGUCUUCACUAGUUAAGAUCGCACCUGGUUAGGUAAAAAGGUAGAGACCAACGUUGGCAACGGCGAUAUCCGCCGUCCAAAACAGCUGUUUUGUCUUUUUAAAUAUCAGAUUUUGUCCGUUCUUCCAAAAUACUACGCAUACAACAUUUAGCUCGUGAUCGUUAAAAACCUUGUGCUAAACUAUGAUUUUCUAGGUUAUUUUGGAACUUUUAAAUGUAACAUUUUAGAGAAAUACAUUUCUGUAUUUUAUCCAAAUUUCUGCUUUUAUCCAAAGUGGAUACAUGGGAACAAAACCCCCUUACUUUUUUUUCUUAUGUUUUGGAAAGAAUGGCAGUUUGUCUUUUUAGCUUAGGCGAAAUCCUGUGAAAGAGAAAUUUGGUGGGUUUGCACUAUGUUUUGUACUUAUAAUUUUGCUAUGUCUUUUAUUUCUAAAUUUAUUUUUAUUUUUUGCUUUGAAGGACCAAAAACAUAACAAACUAUGCCUCUAUAUGUCAUUUGUCAGUUAUGCUGAGCGAUUGCGUCACUCUCAGCUAUGAUUUCCAUGUGAGUUUAUUCAUAUUAUUAUAUAUUUCUAUACUGCAAAACAGAUAUAUAAAUAUAAAUAUAUAGUUUUAAUUUAAAUUCUAUACACAACCUAAUAACUUUAUUGUAAUUUUCUUUGCGAUCCAAGAAGAAAAUAAUAUAUCAUUAGUGUCCAAACUGCAUAUUUGCCAUUAUCCAACCUGGAGGCAAAGCGUUCUUCUUCUUGGUAAUGUAUUGACCAUCGCUAUUCUCAGGCUCAGGCUUUGCUACCAUAGGAUGCCGGUUCCUCCAGGAUGGCUGCCGAGGCACCAGUGUGGCCUCGGACCAUAAGAAGUGCUUCAGUUUGCAAAAUAUUUGUCCUUACUGUACACGGUCUCUUAUUGCACAUUGGAGGAUGCAUGAUAUUAAGUGUUUACAUACUUGAAACAGCCAUGUAUUAUCCCUGUUAAGAGAUUGUCUGUUAUGGCAUUUGUAUCUAUAAACCCCGGAGUUUAACAAAAACACAAAGUUCUUGUCACCUGUUCAGACCCUGCCCGGUAUCAUCCUCAUUGUCGUCCAGCGACGCCAUAUGUGAGACUCUAUUUAUAUCAUUGAGUGUAAAUGUUUGUUUCUCUCCCAUUAGCUCCAUAUAAACUCUAGCUUAUACCUUGUGCUUUCAAAGAUUGCAUCAGAAAUAAAAAAGGCUUUCCGUAUAGUGCAGGAAGAGAUCAAGGGUCUGUCCAGCGCCGCAUUCACACCUCUGGCUUUGGGUAUAUAUAGGUGGAGCUGCAGUAUUUUCCCAUGGUUGACCACUUUUGUACAGUUUUAUUAAAAACGACUUUCACAUGGAUGUCCGACUUAUUCUGCUGUCACCAACAGUUUAGACAUGAUGUAGAUACAGUAUAUAGAUAUUAUUGUGCAAUGGAAAUAAAUGUAAAAUUAAACCUAAA